AGCCUCGCAAUUCUGAACUCUUUGACCUGCAUGUCUUCGAUGAAUUCUCUGUCAUUCUGUCAAUCGUUGAGUGUAAGCUUCGAUCAAUAUAGGAAAUUUUUGCUGUGUAUUAAGCGCAUUGAGUGUACUUAACAGAUUAUUUAAUAAAGUUUAAGAUGCGUUUAGUAAUAUGUAUCUGCUUAAUAGCAUUUUUCAACGUUUCCAUUAUCACUGUAUUAGCUGAACAACUGAAAAAUGAUAAAGCUGACUUCUCUAAUAGAAAUAUGAAUAAUAAGGAAUUUUUUAAAAAUUAUCAACUGAAAAUUGACGUGGAGAGUUUAAAGGAAUUAAAUCUAAGUGGGAAUGCUUUAAACAGCUUCGUGGACUGUGCCACAACUUUACACAACUUAGAAGUUUUAGAUCUUUCACGAAAUUGUUUAGAUAAGUUUUACUUCCUUUGUAAAGAUGAAUCAUAUGAUCUAAGGUUCUUGAACGUUAGUCAUAAUCAGCUUGAAUAUAUUGACGAGCGUGCGCUGAAUCAUAGAACUAGUAAAUUAAAAGUUCUAGACGUAUCUUGGAAUUUUUUAAAUGGAUUGAACGAUACAAUGUUUCAACAUAUGGAGGUAUUGGAACACUUAUCUCUGUCACACAAUCCUAUUGGCGAAAAUAUGGAUGACUUUGUAUUCGAAAAUUUGACUACUUUAAUGUAUUUAGAUUUAAAAAAUAUAUCUGUAUCCUUUUUCUAUCCAAAAAUAUUUGAAAAUUUAAUAAAUUUAGUUCAUCUGGAUUUAUCUUGGAAUCCUAUAGAAGCGAUUCCGGUAUUGCCUGUUAAUUUAGAAAUACUAGAUUUAUCCCAAACAAACAUAUAUAGACUUGGGCCUUUAGAAUUACCCCGUUUACGAGAACUGAGACUUGAGAGUAUGCACAAUCUGUCUUCAGUGAAUCUAAAUGAUUUUGAAAAGUUGCGAAAUUUAAGUUUAUUGUCAAUGAGAAAUUCCAAAAAGUUAAAGCAUUUAAUAAUGUGGCAGCCUAAACCCCAUUUACUGCCAAAGCUUCGUUAUUUAGACAUUGAAUAUUGUGCACUUGAAAAUUUGAGUAGCGAACUACGAUCAACAAUUGAGGGAACAACAGUAUUUACAUUCCAAAAUAACCCCUGGAAUUGUGACUGCAAAAUGAAAUGGAUUCUGCAGUUUAAUAGUACUCAUAACCUCAGGAGCAAGAUAGUAUGCACUUCUCCGGUAUUAGUACAAAACAAACCUAUAAGUGAAAUACCAGUAGACGAGUUACGAUGCAACACUGAUAUGUACAACUUUACACCGAUUUUGUGGAUUUUCAUUAUAUCAGUUAGUCUUUGUCUAAUUAUAGUAAGCAUAAUAUUGCUGUUUAGAAAAUCUUUGACUAAUUGGAUUAUCCGAAGAAGAAGAAGUGGAGAUUCAGUUUCCUACACUAAUGUUGUAGAAUCUUCUAAUGAUCUUGUGAAAAUCUUGAACGAUAGUGAUCUUCAAGACCGCUUAGAAGAAUGUAUUAAACCUUGAUUUUAGUUUUCAAAUUUAAUUGAAAACUUAAUCUCGUGCAGUAGAUUCGAGCGCAAUUAAAUAGAAAAAUUAUUGACGAAAUGAUGUGCGAGAUCAAACGGCAAGGAAAUGAAGAAAAAUUAAUUGACCACUACCAAUGUAACAGUUUAUAAAUACAGUCAAUUUUUUGUGCAAAAAACCAUAGAUUUUUUAUCACUUUAAAGUUUGAUGUCGAGCUAUAAACCACUUUCUCUCUUGACCUUAAAGUUCGGAUUUAUAGUUCAGUUGUAAAGUAGAGAAGGUAAUUAUAUAAAUCAUAAAUUCAAUAAAACACAUACAAAUGUUGUUUAACUAAUUGUAUUAUAAUAAUAUUUACACUUUCAUAACAUACGUAAGAAAAUAUCUACGCUUUAACCCUAACGACAUUAGACUAUAUCGCGGACUCUCCGGGCAAUAGUCAAACAAUUCCAUAAUAGGAAAAGCAGUGGUUUACAUAAAUCGCCCUCUAGACAAUUUAGCUAAAAAUUUUUUAUAUAAAACAUUGAAGUAAUUUUUAAAAACAAACAAUGAUUUAUGAGGGUCUAUGUAUAAGUAAAAAUUAUUUAAUUAAAACAAAUUGUUAAGCAGGUUUCUUAUUCAAUAAUUAUACAUCAUAAAAGCGGAAUAGAAAAAACUGUUAUUACAUCAGCAUUCGUAGAACUUUGAUUAGUGUAUUAUGUUUUAAGUAAGUUGGUUGACGGUUAAAUGUCCCUCAGAGUUGCUUGUAUUUAUUUUAUAGAAUUGCAUUUUAUGUAAAUUUCAUGUUAUUUGUAUUAAAGUUUUGAAUCCUGAAUUAUAAUAUAACAUAAAAUGAAAA